AUGCCAAGGGGUAAAGGGCAAUUUGCCUGUAGUCACCACUCGAGAUCCUCAUCUCCUGAGGGCAGGCAGGGUCCCGUCCCCCAGACUACCAGGUGCCGGGCACAGAGCAGGGCACCAUGUCUGUGGACUGAAUGCCCCAGACAGCGACGCUGGGCUGCCAGCCGGGCAGGGCUGGCUCAGUCUGGGUCGGCCCUGUGGGCUGGGUGUGGGCAGGUGCCAAACUGGGGCCUUGCUGGGCAGUGGGGGCCAUGGAGGGAAGGAGGCCAGAGCUCCCUGGGGAGGGGAAGCUGCCGCCUGCCUCCAGCAGCCUCGGGUGACCAGCUGGCUCACGUGGCUCAGGUGAACGUGUCCUUCUCGCUGUCCCUGGAGCUGCUCUCCUAUCAGAAGCUGCCGGCUGACCAGACGCUGCCCGGGGUGGACAUUCAGCAGCGCACCAGCGGGGAGAAGGAGAUGGUGUUCACUCAGAACCUGCUCCUGGAGCAUACCAACCAGACCACUCAGGUCAGUCCCGGGCGCCCCAUUUCUGUCCCCCAUGUGGCCGUGCCCGAGCUGCAGCUCUCCACCAGCUGGGUGGACUUCGGGAUCUGCUUUGUGAACCAGGGAUGGGUCCGGGAGGUCUACCUCAUGAAAAUGAGUGGCUGUCGGAGCUACUGGGCUGUGCUGAUGAGAGUAGUGAGCUACGGGAGUCCAGGCUGGUGGUGGAAAUUGUGCUCGGUGAGAAGGCCUGCACCCUGCAGCUCUGGGACCAAAGCUCCACCAGCUCUGAGGCUCUUGCCUGCACCCCAGCCCUAG